AAGUUUCGAAUGGUUUUACCUGCUCAUUUCUAAAUUGAUUUGAGUCCUAUCAAUACUAGAGAAGCCGCCGGCUGCCUUGAGUUUCGCGUUCUCCUUCACAUCAAUCCCUAUACCCUAGCUCACAGAUGUACUUUCAGCACACCACUUACUUGACUACACGCAAAGAUGAAUCCCGAAUUGUCUGCCAGAAUGAAGCGACUAUUCUCAAACCUGAAGAAGUCUCCACCUGCACCAUCUCCCGAGCCAACUGCGUCGCCUGCGCACCCACCGAAUCCCUCUAUUCUUAACGUCGGGCACAAGACUGUUCUCCAGCCAAAAUACGUCCUACCACCUUUACCCCAUCCGUGUCCUUAUGAACAUAUCGCCCUCUUGCCGACACCCCAGGGACUUCUCUUACGGCCUCACUUUGCAGACGAAACGCCUUCCAAGACACAUGUCAGGAUAACAUGGGGCAAGGAUGGCAAAGUCGAAGAGCUAGAAGGCGAUGGUGAAAGUACCACCGCAAAUUGGGCAGACAGUGCUGUCGUGUAUGGCAUUCUGGGAAUUCUGACUCUCUUCUCUGGAUCUUACCUUCUACUUAUUUCUUCACGUUCAGACGUGGGCUACUUAUUUGAACAAACGCAUGCUGUCUAUUCUGUCAAGGGUGUUAGUGUAAUCCCUCUCGUGGAAUCCCGCGCAAAUGCAGCACUGCAGACACUCGCUCGUGUACGAACGGCUUCAACAACUAGAUACCCAACGCAAUUCGAUGAACUCUCCGAUUCUGGUAUUGACCCACCGGAUGAAGAGGCUAGCAAUUCUAAUAAGAAUCUUUCCUCUCCUCACGUCAAGUUUGCUACAGAAGAUCAGAUAAAGAUGAUGACCCCUCUUACAUCACACGGGUUUGAACCGACGCUGGACGAUGACUCAACGCCAUCUUCCCCGUCAUCGUCUGUUGCAUCUACACCUUCAUCAGACAUCUCGCUCAACACCAACAAUGUUGCAAGAGCUCUUGCUGAUAAACUGUCUUUCUGGAGUCGACUAUCGAAACGGGCUUCUCGGCCUACCUUUUCGGCUGCGGAACAAGGCCUUGCGCACGACGAAGAAGCCCUGCGAUCUCUGAUGCGAGGUGAAUCACCUACAGAUCUCAAUGAGAUGAUGGAAAACGGUGUCAAAGAGCCUGCAGAGGUCCUGGAUAGUAUUCUACAGGCAACCGCUCCGCCGCCGCCAACCGUGGAGGAAAAGCACGGCGAACUAGAAGAGAAGAUUAUCCGAGAAUGUGUAAGGGAAUUCACCCGGGGAGGAAUGUACUUCUCCUACAACUUCGACAUCACUAGGUCUCUUCAGCAUAAGCAAGAACAGAUCGCGAAGAAUAAGAAGCAAAAUGCUCUUCUUGCCGAUCUCAAUGCGCUUGACGAUUCACAGAAACUCAGUCCUCUCGGUGAUAGAAUUGACCUCUUAGCUGAACCCUUCCCUACCCUUCCACUCUGGCGCAGGGUUGACCGUCAAUUUUGGUGGAAUGAAUGGCUCUCAAAACCAUUCAUCGACGCUGGUUUGCAUUCUUACGUUUUGCCUGUCAUGCAGGGUUUCUACCAGAUUGCUUCAUUCGCUGUUCCUCGAGAAGCCGUUGCCUCAGAGGAAGGAGACUUUGCGAUCGCCGAUUAUAUAUUGAUUUCGCGCCGCUCGCGAGAUCGGGCUGGCCUGAGAUAUCAGCGGCGCGGAAUUGAUGAUGGUGCAAACGUUGCGAACUUCGUAGAGACGGAGGCCAUCAUGCGUGUAGAGCGUGAAGGAUUUGUGAAUGUCUUCAGUCAUGUGCAAAUCCGUGGAUCAAUCCCAUUAUUCUGGAAUCAAACUGGCUAUGGCCUGAAACCUCCCCCAGUCCUGUCUCCUGAUAGAACGCGUGGACAGAACCUUGAUGCUAUUCGUCGGCAUUUCUCCAAAACCGUGAUGCAAUAUGGUCCCCUUACGAUCGUCAAUCUGGCCGAGCAGCAUGGGAAGGAAGCUCUGAUCACGAAUGCAUAUCGGGAGUAUGUGACAGAAAUGAAGAUGCCUGACGUCCAAUACAACGAAUACGACUUCCAUUUAGAAACCAGGGGGAUGAAAUACGAAAACAUUUCAAAGUUGAUUGAGAACAUGGAGCGCAUCUUCGAGGGUCAAGGGUACCUUUGGGUCUCAAAUAAUUCCAUGAUGUCGCAACAGAAGGGGGUAUUUCGGGUAAACUGUAUUGACUGCCUUGACAGAACGAAUGUUGUCGAGUCUGCCUUUGCUAGAUACGUGCUGAAUCGACAGCUGGGCGCCGUCGCGCUCUUGAACCCCAUGACUGAGGGUAAGACUGAAACUGAUGUCGUCUUCAAUGACAUAUGGGCGAAUAAUGGCGAUGCAAUCAGCAAAGAAUAUGCUGGAACAUCCGCAUUGAAGGGCGAUUUCACCAGGACGGGGAAGCGAGACCUGACGGGACUGCUGAAUGACGGUGUGAAUUCUCUGGCAAGAAUGUACACCUCAACAUUUGGAGACUGGUUCAGUCAAGCGGUCAUCGAUUUUAUGCUAGGCAAUCGAACACUUGCCGUGUUCUCUGAAUUCUUACUAAAGCUUCAAUCCACUGAUCCGAGUGAUCUCAUUCGUAUAUCGAAGAUCAGAGCAGAGGCUAUCGCAACCUCUGUUGCUAGAGUGCUUGAAGAUGGAGAACGAUUGUUAUCUGGAUGGACCCUUCUUUCCCCUGUCGAUUUCAAUACAAAGAUUGGAAAUAGAUUUGAAGAAAAGAUUCUGCUUCUGAGCGUAAGAGCUCUGUAUAUUAUUAGUUACGAUUAUACCCUGGAGAAAGUGAAGAUGUAUACCCGUGUACCACUUGGAGACAUUAUUAGCAUCAGAAAAGGAGCAUAUAUCCUAUCACCACUAGAGGAAGCCAGCCGCGACCCACUGCAGAAUGCUGGCUUCAUAGUAACAUGGCGGAACACACAUCAAGAUACCCGGGUCACAAGCUAUUCGAUCAGGAACAGUCUUGAUCUGACCUCACCCCCUGCCUCACCACGAGCGCCCACAUCACCCAAAUCGCCUAGACUUCCUUCUCGAAGGAAUACUGCACUAUCCCGCAUUCUAUCUAAUGCGGCUGCGCCUGCCAUUAAUGACGACGUAACCUUUGCUACUUUCAAAGUCCUGCCCAUCGAUCCUGCCCGAAACCGCAGAGAUAACGGCAGCUUCAUCGAGCCUGCAGACGAGUUGACAGGCGCAUCAAAUUGCAAAGAGAUUGUCGACCUCAUGGUUCAGGCAAUUCAAAAGGCAUGCAUGGAUGUAGGGAACGGCCAUGAAGAUUUCGUGAUCGAAGAAGAUGUGGUUAGUCUUGCUGAAGCACAACGCAUGACAAGCGUGUAUUCCAAGAUGGAGUACGGAGUCAAGAGAUUGCUAUGGCUGGGUGGUUGACGACCAUCUCUCCAUUGUUCCGUUAUGAGGAUGAAUGCAGAACGGAAUGUAAUACCAUUGUAUCUCCAUCGGUCUGAUGAGAACAUUCAACAAAGUUUGCUCUUUCUCG